UCACCUCAGCUGCUGCGCCGUGGAGGUUGUUGACACCUGAACGUCAGAGUAACGUAAAAGUAACGUCAGGUUUACGUCAGAGUUACGUCACAGUAACACGCUCCUCUGUCUGUAAAGUAGAGAAGAAAGAUAGGUGUUUUAAGGCACAAACUACAUCCCUCUGGAUUCUGACACCUCUGAUCUGAAGUCCUUCUUAAAGCAUUUGUAGUGAAAUGCUUUGCGCAUUUUUGACAAGCCUUUUACAAUCCAAGCAGUACUAAGUGGAGAACUUUGCACUUACUGCCACUCUUGUACAGAAGUUCCUUAUCAGCUCAACUGAAAAAUGAUCACUGAUACAGACACUGAAGGAAAGUCUACUCUAGAAAUACAUAAGGUAACUCAUGGUAGAAGUAAACCUUAUCAGUGCUUAGACUGUCUGAAAUAUUUUUCAUAUAAAUCUGUUCUAGCAAUACACAUGAGAACUCACACAGGAGAUAAGCCGUACCAGUGUUCAGAUUGUCUGAAGCAGUUUUCACAGAAAAGUAGUCUUGCAGCACACAAGAGAGUUCAUACAGGUGAUAAGCCAUAUCAGUGUAAAGAAUGUCUGAAAUACUUUACAGCGAAGGGUAGUCUUGUAAUACACAUGAGAAUUCAUACAGGAGAUAAACGGUAUAAGUGUUCAGUGUGUAGGAAGUAUUUUAUGAGAAAUGAUCAUCUUACAAAACAUAUGAGAAUUCAUGCAGGAGAAAAACCACAUAAGUGUUCACUGUGUCUGAAAAUGUUUACAGAUAAAUGUGCUCUGUUGGCUCACAUGAAAAUCCAUUCAGGCAUUAAACCGUAUCAGUGUUCAGUGUGUGGGAAAAAAUUCAGCAGAAAGGAUUUUCUUAUAAACCAUGUGAAACUUCAUUCAGGUGAAAAACCUUUUCAGUGUUCAGUUUGUGAGAAAUAUUUUCAGAACAAAAGCUAUCUUGCAACACACAUGAGAGUCCAUACUGGAGAUAAACCAUACCAAUGUUUAGAGUGUCUGAAAUAUUUUACACAAAAAGGUCAUCUGGCAAUUCAUAUGAGGAUUCAUACUGGUGAGAAACGAUAUCAGUGCUCAGAGUGUGAAAAUUGUUUUAAACGAAAAAGUGAUCUUGUGAUACAUACAAGAGUACAUACAGGUGAUAAACCAUACCAAUGUUCUGAGUGCCUAAAAUAUUUUUCUCAGAGACAUCAUCUUGUAACUCACAUGAGAAUUCAUUCUAAGAUUAAACCAUAUCAGUGUUUGGUGUGCUUAAAAGAUUUUACUCAAAAAUGUGAGCUUAUAAUACAUACAAGAGUUCACACAGGAGAUAAACCAUAUCAAUGUGUCCAGUGUCAAAAAUAUUUUAAGCAAAAAGGCCAUCUUACAGCACAUCAGAGAAUUCAUACAAGAUAAGUCAUGGUUUAUGCCAAAACACUUAUGUGUAGUACAAGAGUAUAUACGAGAUAUACAUUAGGGCCCUGACUUGUGAGGUUUUGCACUUAUGGCAUUGGCACUCUGGCCCCAGUUAUCUAUGAACAAUUUACUUAGGAUGUAUUAUAAAAUAAUAUGUGUAUAGAGUACUCAUAUUUAUUGGGUUAAUAUGUCACUGGAUGAUGUGGGGAAGACUGGUGGAGGUGGGUGAUGCAAAGAAGUGGAUGAGGUAAAGAGGUGGGUUAGGUAAAGAGGUAGGUGAGGUAAAGAGGUGGGUGAGGUAAAGAGGUGAGUGAGGCAGAGAGGUGAAAAUAAAUGGUAUAAAAUACCGACUCACUGGAAACAUAAACACAUAUGCAGUUUAAUGUGAUCCUUUAUUGACAAUGUUUUGCCCACACAGUGAGCUUUUUCAAGUCACACACAGAUCUACCUGGGGUGGAAGGUACGGGAGUAUUUAUAGUCAGGUUCAGAAUGUUGAGGUCAGGUGAAGAGUGCUGCAUCUGAUGAUCUACCGGGUGGGGUUAUAGAG